UUUCAGGAAAAAAAAAACAUUCGUUUCAUUUCGAUUUGUGCAUUAGUUUUGACCAUCUGUGCUAGCGAGAAUAUCGUUCAUCGAGUAAAAUGGCAUCAAAAUCGUCAUCACAAGAACCGAUUCAUAGUGGUCAUUUCAUGACUUCCAAUCCUCAUAGUGAUGAAUUACUACCCGAUGAGGAAGUUGUUGGGGUUGUAGUUGAGGAUGAUGUAGUUGAGCUAAUGCAAGAUGCUGAACAGAAGGAUCAAGAUUUACGCGAUUUAAAUGUUCAAGAUGAAAAACCGGUUACUUUUUACAAAUUUGGUCCAAAAAGGACGCAAUCAAUAGCAAUCGAUGUGUCUUUGAAUAAAUUGAAUAAAUGCAUCAAAGUGGCUUAUAAUAAAAUGACGACACCAAAAUGGAAAAAUUUCAAAGGAUUACGAUUACACUGGAAGCAACGAAUACGUUUAAACAAUGUCAUCUGGCGAGCCUACUAUAUGGAAUUUCGUCGACCCGAUAAGGAUAAAUCUAAGAGAACCCCCUAUUGUUACUUCACUGUACCAGACGAUGAUUCUACACAUGUCAAACUCACGGGUACUGUUGUGGAAGGAAUGUACUGGAAGAGAAGUAUGGAUGCGUUGCAAGCUCAAUAUAAACGAUGGCGGCAUUUGAGGACACGAAGAAGAGGACGACGAAGGGGUAUCAGUUGGAAUCAAGAGAUCAGUUUCGUCCCACAAUUAGCUGUGCAAAACUCGAUGCCGCAAAACUUGUCUACUGAGCAGCCAGAUACGGAUGAUUUAGAUAAUGAAUUCACGGAUACGCUUUUUGCCAAUCUUAUGCAACCCUAUACAUUUCCAAAUCCAAAAGAAAUAACACAAGGAUGUAAUGCUGAUGUGAUGCAACCUGGAUUGCUGUCAUUACAACCAAGUAUUGAAGAAAUUAUGGCAUCACUUGAUCCACCCGAACAAUUGCUGGAUGAAAUUGGAAAUUAUAGCGCCUCAAAUGUUUCAGCGACUUCACCUUGUGCACCGAAAGAAUAUGAGACAACUUUCAAUAACUUUACAAAUCCAACGCAGCAACCAACACGACAGUCAUCCACUAUAUCGCCGCAAAUUCUUCUUGCUAAUUCUUCUGCACCAACAUAUUCGCAGGCAGCAUAUGAGCAUACACCUUUGAUUGCUACAGUGCCUUAUGCGACUGAUUCAUCCAGUUUGGAUUAUGUACCGCAGUUCCUCACAACCACUAUGCAAUUCCCUUCAUCAGUUCUACCGAAUAGGACAUGGUGGAUGAGCUUCCCAUCCACUCCUACUCCAUCCCUGCUGAACAGUCCUUCAACCCCAUCUGUUGUGCAUAAUUUAACUACCUCGAGUACCGCCGAGGUAUCAUCUUUAUCGGUCAACAGUCCGGCCACCGUUUCUUCAUUACCGACUGUUGAAACCCAUCUCAUCAAUACUUCAAGUAAAGAUUCUUCUAAGGUUUUUCCUACUUCAACUCACAGUUUGAAACUUCAAACCGAAAAAUGGAAUGUUGCCGGGCCAAGCUCUUUAUCUUCGCAUGGAAUUGUUACCGACUCGACGGAACACGGAGUUUGGAAGCAAUUAUCACCGACUACAAAUACGGCUGGCUUAAAUUCAGUUCUGGUACCACAACCCGUUUAUCCUCAAGAAAACAAUCAAAUAAUGCCAAAGGUGACUGCAGCACCAUCAGGCGAACGAAGUACUCUUCUUCCAGCAAAUGCAACACCAAUUAAACAGGAGAAUGAGAAGGAUGAGCGGAUCUAUCGUUUUCAGAAGCGUGGCUGUAGGAGCGUGGCAGCAGAUAGUACGAUAGAACCGGUGGAAAGGAAACGUAUUCUGCAUUUAAAUGCUGAACAAAAUAGACGUUGUGCACUGAAAGAUGGGUUUGAACAAUUGUUAAAUUCUUUACCAAAUUUAUAUGGCUGUGGUACAAAACCAACAAAUGCCGUUGUUUUAACACGUGCAGCAGUACGUAUACGACAGCUGAAGGCGGAAAUUACUCUUGAUGAAGGAAAAGCAAACCAAUUGAAACAAAACAUACAACGAUUGAAUGACAAAAUUGCAUCACUCCAAGCUUCUUUACCAUCAUCAUCACGAACUGCUACAAGUACGAUCAGUCAGAAAGCUGAGAUGGAACAAUUUUAG